CAGGUCACACGUGACGUCAAGGUCUAAACAAAGAUGAAAGGAGUCAGCUGGAGUUAAACUUUGCCAUGUGAUUUUAGGCAAACUCUGAGUGAUAUUCUUGACAAAAACUUUUGUAAAGGUGAAGACUACCGUGUCAUGCAAUCACUUGCACUGGGAUGGCGAUUGCUGUCCCGUGCGAUAGUCUCCGGAAUUCAUAAUGAGUUUCAACUUAAACCUCGUGCGAAAGUGAAAGGACCUGUUCAAUUUGUGACUGGGUGUUCGGGCUUCUCAAAGUCAGUUACUAAAACACCUAAUUUUAAAAACUGGUCUUUUGGUGACGACGCAUAUUUCGUAGCUAAAAAUACAAGUUAUGAUGUUAUAGGUGUUGCUGAUGGUGUUGGUGGCUGGAGGAAUUAUGGGAUAGAUCCUGCAGCAUUCCCAAGAACAUUAAUGAAUAUAUGUGAACGGGUUGUGGUAGAAGAUCGUUUAAAUUUAAGCUCUCCUGUCAAGGUUAUAGAAGCUAGUUACCAGGAAUUACUAGAACAAAAGACACCAUUAAUUGGUAGCAGCACAGCGUGUAUAGUUGCCUUAAAUCGUGAAGAGAGACGGGUGUAUUCAGCAAACCUAGGCGAUAGUGGUUUCCUUAUUAUACGUGAUGGAGAGAUAGUCCAUCGGUCAGAGGAACAGCAGCAUUAUUUUAAUACUCCAUUCCAGCUGGCUGUAGCCCCUCCCAGUCAACAAGGUCUUGUCUUGAGUGACAGUCCAAGUAUGGCAGACAGUUCAUCAUUUCCUGUAGAAGAAGGGGACGUAAUCAUGUUGGGAACAGAUGGCUUGUUUGACAAUUUAUCAGAAGAUAUGUUGUUACGUCAUAUUUCAGAUUUACAGGACCAUAAACCAGAAAGUGUUCAGCAGACUGCCAGUUGUAUAGCAGAAGAAGCACAUUUGUUGUCCUUUGAUGAAAAUUAUCUAUCACCAUUUGCUUUAUCAGCAAUCGACAUGGGAAUAGACUUUAUUGGUGGGAAACCAGACGAUAUCACUGUAGUUAUAGCCAAAAUUACUAGUUUUUCUGACAGUAUAUAAUACUUAUGUUAGGAGCUGUUAAAACUUAUCAUCAUCAAGACAAUAUGCAACAAUUUCCUGAGGGAUUGCCACAUAAAGAGUUUGUUCUAGGAGCUGUGUAAACUUUUCAUUAUCAAGACAAUAUGCAACAAUUUCCUGAGGGAUUGCAACAGAAAGAGUUUGUUCUAGGAGCUGUGUAAACUUUUCAUCAUCAAGAUAAAAUUUGCAACAAUUUCCUGAGGGAUUGCCACAGGAAGAUUUUGUUCUAGGAGCUGUGUAAACUUGAUAUCAUUAAGAUAGAAUAUGCAAAAUUUUCCUGAGGGAAUGCCACAGAAGGCUUUCUUGGAUUAAUGAUAUUUUUGUAGAGUUUUUUCGCUGGUUUAAUGUGCUUUAACUUCUAGUUUCAAAGUUGUAAUUUUUGUAGUUUCUAGAACUUUGACCGUGCAAGAUAUUUUUGUUAGAUGAUAACCUUUCUAAGUUUUGAAUUGGUGGUUCAUAAUUUUUAUUUAAUAUAAACUAAAUUUCUUGACAAAAAUGAAAUAUCUAUAUUAUUGAAAUGUAAAUAAUCAACAUCGUUAACUACCUAGAAAGAAAGUGACUAUAAUCAACAUCGUUUACUUACUAGAAAGAAAGUGACUAUAAUCAACAUCGUUUACUAACUAGAAAGAAAGAGACCAAAUGCUAUUUUUGUUGUUCAGUUUUCCUUUUUCAAGUAAUAUUUUUACUUUCACUACUUUGUAACAGUAAUGAAAUUGUAGCUACUUGUUUCUACAAUGACUGACUAAUAGUUUUCUACCUCGUGAAAUCAGCUGGUACUGUAGUACUUACACAGUUGCAAUAGUUGUGUAAAGACCAAUGUAAAUUUUUACCCUUUGUUUUUUUAAUAAGAAACUGUGUGCAGAGUUUUUACUAAAUACUUUAAAACUUGGUUUAACUUGGUUUAAUGCCAAAGACUGGAAACCCAGUUAUUUAACAAUGAUCAUAAUCCUUACAUGUUUUAAUGUCUUGAAAGUCAAAAGAGUUUGUUGCAAAUGAACCGUGCCAAUUGAUUGUGGCAGUAGCCGAAACAGAUAUUUGUAGUUUUCAGUAAUGUAUAUGAGCAAUCUAUUGCAUUUAAUGUGUGGAUUGUUGCAUAUUAUAUAUUUGCAAGAGAGGGGGUGCUAGUACAAUAAAUCAUGUCUUUCAUAUUUCUUUUCUUUAUCAAUAGAGUAUAUAUAUUGAUCUUUGUAGACUGUAGAACCUGUAAUUAUGUAAUAUUUUGCUGCUCUGUUUUUUGUUUUUGCUUUAAUUGUUGUAAAUAUUGUAUUUACAUAUUUUAUUACACAUUUUUUUAUGUACAAUAUCCAAUAAUUGUUCCAUUUGAUUUUUUACAUUUUAAAGCAUUGUACACUAAAACUUGAUGGGAACUGUAUUGAAACAUCAUGUUAUAUUCUGAUAUUAUUAAGAUAUUUUAGUUUCAAAGUAAUCACAGAUCUUACUUUAAAGAACUUGGGUAUUUGAAAUUAUAGUUGUUACUUAAUAAAAGAAAAUGAGAUAAUUCUGAUAGAGCUUUAAUUUUGAAAUUGGGUUAAAAGAUAUUUUUAGGGGGUCUGAAGGCACUUUUAUUUUCCAUGCCAUGUGUAAAAUUUUAAUGGAUUAUUUCCUAUUUGUUAUUAAACUAUUUUUCUGAAAUAGUCACCAACCUUCAGAUUUGAAUAGAAGUUCCUUCUACACAAUCAAUGCUGGAACAGCCCCUAGCUUUAAAUGCCAAAACUAAAUUUUAUUAGAAUUACCUCAAUUUUUAUUUGACCACAAGUUUUAAUACUCAGAAACAAAAAAUUCUCCAAUGAAUGAUAUGAAAGUUGAGGCAGCAAAACAAUAUGAAUUCACAGCGCAAUAUGAAAUGCAGCAUGCUGUUCUCAUGAAAAUGAUAUAUACAGUCUCAGAACUGAUUAUUUCUAAUGCUCCAAAAAUUUCUUUUGAUGGAAAAUUGCUGUAAGUCAGGGAUAUAAAAGAGUUUGCUUUGUUUCAUCAAUUUAUUUUUGUCUUUAAAAACUCAAUUUUUAUUUGUUACAAAAAAGUGAACAUGUUUUGAUAGUUUCUGUUAAAUGUAUAAAGAUUUCUUUAGACUUGGGACGAUUAAAAGCUUGAUAUGUUGUAUAGCUAUCUGUUGUUGAAGAUUUUAUCUUGCUGUAGAUGUCUUAUAAAAAAAUUGUGCCAUUGGGUUGCUGUCCCUUUGACUUAUACCCCUCUUCUCCUUUUGUUUGAAUAAACAAUCCAGAAUUUUGCUUUAAUUGAUAGAUAGUGAUCUCAGGGAAUUUACAAUUCCAAUUUUUAUCUUAUGUAAAUGUUCAUGUCAUGUUCAUGUAAUUACCAGGGUAUACAAUGUAGUUAACUGAUAACACAGAUUCUUAUCAUUUUUUCAAAGUAUGAAAAAAAACACAAAUAUUUAAAAAAAAAAAAUCAAAAAAAAAUCAAAAUAACAAAAAAUUAUAGAAAAAGAAAUAUAAAAAUACAUUAAUACAAAUAGGUGAUUUUAUAAUUAAAAAAAAAGUAGAAAAAAUAAAAGAAUGUAUCUGUUUUUGAUUUUUGUGCAGUAAAUCUGAUAGAGUCACAGUGUGUACUUCAGAUCACCAGUUUUUAAAACUUUAAUACUAAUAGUUUUUGUCUCAUCUUCAGAAAGUAGUAGUAAACCAACUAAUUUUCUCCAGGACUUCUUUUUGCAUUUAACCCUUUUUAACACACUUUGCGACAAUUUAACAGUUUUUCAAACAGUAAUGAUGUAUUCAUAUACGAGAGGAACCUAGUUUCACAAAUUUGCUUUAUUUUUUCAACUUGCAAAAGUCACAAAUAUACAUUGCUUGCAAAAAAUUUGUUGGUUUACAGUAUUUAGUUAUAGUCAAUAAUGCAAGCACGACAAUAUCAUGUUUUAGACCUUGUUAGUUUAAGUUAAAAUUAAAAUGUAGAGAUAGUUUUAGUUAAAGGUUCAAAUUUGUCCUGUUAAAAUAAAUUUGUGAUAAUGAAAUUGUCAUUGAUUUUUUGUUUAGGAAAGUAAUAAAUUUAUCACCAUUGAUUUAAAUAAUCGAGCAGCACAUGCACAAAAUUAUUAUUUUUACAGAAAAAAAAACCCAACAGAUAUUUAUAAUGUUACAUGGUGUACACUUUGAUGAUCAUUCAUAUUUUUGUUUACUGUUUUAUAUGUAUUUAGAAUCUUCGGGUAUAAAUUGUUUUCACUUGUUUUGUUUUUAAAUGUCUGCAUGUCAAAUUCCAUUCUUGAAUACAUUAAAAUCCAUUUCUUGAUGAACUUAUAUUGUAAAUAUUUUAGGUAGUUGUACAUAUUUCACUUAGAUUUGAUGUAGAUAUUUUUAUCUUAGAAGAGUGGCCUCUUAAAUAAUUAGUUGCAAUUUUUUUGUAUUGAUUCUUGCACAUUUUGUAUUAAAAUAAAGUUAAUAUAUUAUAAAUCAGCAAAUGAUGUAUGGUACUUUGUGAUGAUUUUGAAAGUUAAUUUGUUUAUAUGUUAAUUAUUUUGAAUUUUCUUCUAGACAAUACUUCUUUUAACAAAUGUGAUAUUACUGAUGAGGGUGGACACAUUUUUCAGUAUUUUUAACAAGAAUGUAUGUAAUAAAGGUAACAGGUAUGGUAAUUGGUGAUCUCACUGAUUUUUAUAACAUUUUGCAUGCAGCUUGAACAUGUAGAAAUGUAUAUAAAUUUUGAGACUUUAAAAAAGGAUCUGAAUUUUUUUAAGACUACCACUGGAAAAGUUCUGUUAGAACUAAACGUGUAUUGUAAAUAGGAUUCACUUUGUGUGUUAAGCUGUGUUUUCUUGAAUGUUGUGUGAAUUUUUGUGUACUAAAAAAGUGUGCCAUUAUCCCAAGUGUUUGUGUAAAUGAUUGUUGUCAAUGGUUAUAUGUGUAAGACAGAAAAUUCUGAAAAUAAAUGUGUUAUUUGUUUUCAAUUAGGUGGUAAAGUUUCUCAUUAUGUCUUUUAAAGUAAGAUAAAAAAAAUUGACUUUUAUAUUACUGUGUUUUUGGGAAAAUCUUAAAAACCAAGGUGCUUGCUCACUCAGACAAAGUUAACCCUAGAUGGAUUUGACUUUCUUUUCAGGUCCCUUUUGGUCAUAUAGUUACAGACAGGUUUAGUAAUUUUAUAUCCCUGGAUUUCAAAUGUUCAUGUGUAAGGGUUCCGGAUGAAGGUAAAUCCAGAAAAGCACUUAAGAUGCAGCAAAUUUAUUCUCUAGGUUUUUUCAAAACACUUUAUCAUAUAUUAAGGAUUUUUUGCAACAAGUUCAAGUGGCUGAAAGUUGAUGUUUUCAUUUUUCUUCAACAGUCCAUAGAUUGGUUUAAAACCUUGACCGUAUGCACUUAGAAAAUUAUAUGUUGAAUCAUGUAAUAUGACAAAGAAUAAACAGAAAGGUAUUUCAAAAGAAAAUAAGUACUUUUGAAAUGAACCUUUUAUGUCAAGUCACAUGCUAUUGUUACUUAUCAGUUAAGUUUUAUACAAGAGAACAUUCCUUGAUAUCAGUAGCUGUAGCUUUGGUAAAAUUUGUAAAGCCUUUAGUUGAAAAAAACAGGAGCUAUUGUUUAUUAGUUUUAAAGAGGAGAUUGAAACUCAUUUUUUUGAAUGAGCUUAAUUAAAAUUUGUUGAUGUUAUUAUCAUUUAGUUUUAUUUCCGAGUUAUUUAGAAGCAAAAUUUUUAUUGAAUUCAUCAUGUUUUAAAUUCCAUUACAAAUGCACUUAUCUGCAUCCAAUAUUAUUGAUUACAUUAAGGGACUUGUCACAGAUUAUUUUUUUUAGGUACAUUUUUUUUACUAUUUGAUGUCAGUUGACUUCACUUUCUGUCUCAAAUAUACAUAUAUAUAUAUUAUGUAAAUACAUAAAAUCAUUCUUUUAAUAUUUUGAUUUUUUCUGUAGUAAGCUAUUUAUUAAAAAAAUAACAACAGCAGUUGUGUUGAAUUUGGUAUUAAAUCCAGUUUUCUGGUUAAACAACCAAAUCAAAAAUUCUUUUGCAUUUAGGGUGUGUGCUACUCUGAUUUUCAAAUUAACCUCAUGUUUUGCCCCCUCCCCUCUUCCCUGACUUAUUUUGUUUUUACCUAGGCAGUGCCAUAAAAAACCAAAAUUUCCCCAUAUUAAACAAAAGCAUGUACCUCAAAUUUCCUCCAGACAAAAUAUUUUCAAUUCUGAUCAUUUCUAUCACAUUUUAUAUACAGUUAACCAUUAUUUUUUGGGGAUACAUUACUUAUUGAAAAUCAAGAGACAUCAUAUUUCCACCAACAAUAACGGAUUUCAAAAUGUUUGAAUCAAUAUACCUAUGUUCCCAUAAUUUGAUAUUUAAUCAUUCUUUGUCCUUUAUUCUCGAGUAAGGGAAAAUAACAGAAAUGUUAUUUUGAAUAUUAGUUGCACCCUUAAAAGUUUAAAUAUGACAUUAUAUGAAUCAUUGUAAUUAGCUAUUGUAUUAAAACAUCAUUUUUUUAAUAGAAUGUUGAAUAUAGGGUCCAUCUGAAAGUUAAUGAUUGAAAUAAGAUGUAUUAUAUUGUAAAGACAGUUUUAUAACAGCCAGUUUGAAUGUAUAGGAGUUGUUAACAAAAUAUCUCCCAGAUAAAAUAAUAUUUUCACAAAAAUGUAAAGGGUGUAAAAAAACUCAUCAUAGAUACCAGGAUUGAAAUUUUGUAUUUGCGCCAGACUACGUUUGGUCUACAAAGGACUCAUCAGUGACGCUCAAAUAAUAAAAAGUUAAAAAGGCCAAAUAAAGUACGAAGUUAAAAAUAACUCUUUAUUUCUUCCUGAUAUGCAUUAUUUUUUUGAUUUAAAUACUUCUGUCAGAUUUUCAGUUACAAGUUCAUUUAUUUAAAUAACUAGAAAGAAACGGGCAUUUUAUCUUUACAGAUUACGAUUUACAUAGUAUUGCUAUAAUUUUCCCUUUUCAAGAAUUUUUUUUUCAAAGUGUUCAGAAAAUAUAAAGGGAGCUUGAAAUUAACAUCCUAUAAACUUAAAACUUAGACCAGAACCUAGACUUCUAGAACACCAUUCAUAUACAAUAAAUUCUGUACUGAAGAUCCCUAAUUAAUAAGAAGAACACUUCAGCAGCUAGAGGUCAAGUAUGAUUUCAAUAUCAACAAAACAACCUUAUAAUAUAUAUUAUCUGGGAAAUAUUUUGUUAAGAUAACAUGUUUACAUUAUGUAUGAAAUAUACAGUAUUAUUCAAUGUUUAAUCAGUGUCUGUAAACAGAACGAGAACCAUGGAAUAUAUAAAGAGUAAGUAGGUCAUAGAUCUCUUUAUAUCAAUUCUUAUGAAAACCAUACUUCAAUUAUAUAUUAUGAAAGCUAGUGUUGUGCCAUUUUUUUUCUUCAGGUGACUGAUUUAACAAUAGGCUUCACAUACUGUUAAAACAAGUGUUAAUGGAUACAAAUUAAUUAACCUUAAAGGCCUUUUUUGAUGUAAUUACAAACUCUGUGAUUAGUUGAUUGAUAAAAAUGGAAUUUAAACCUGCCUUGACCAUUACAGGUCUGUGAAUGAAUUUGUAUCAAUUUGUAAAGGUGCUUAGAGAGAAACGAACACAAAAGUUGUCCAGAAAAUUAAGGAACUAAACUUAAUUGUUUCCAUAAGACUAUUACCACAUUUAGAACAAUUUAAAAAAAAAUGUUAUUUACAUCACAUUACUUAUUUUAAAUGGUAUGUAUCAUUUAAAAUAAAUCAUUUUUUUUUGUUUUUCAAAUCCCAAAUUUUAAGACAUCCUGUUCCACAGGACACAAUCUUAUCAUAGUGAUAACAGAUUAACUUGACUAAAGUUCAUCUUGGUUGGUAUUUAUUAGUUAAUUGUAAGUAAUUGAAUAUAUUUAACUGACUAAUGUUUUUCAUUUGAACAGGUGGAUCAAGAUGAUAGAAAAUGUCAAAUGUCUUGUAACAUAUUACAUAUAAAUGAAGGUUUCUAGUUAAAUUGUUAUUGUUACACCAACAUUGUAAAAAAAUAGACAUGGAUUGUUGAAAAGUAAAUAAAAAAUAUAAAUAAUUAAA